AUGAAAGAAAGGGCACCACAUACAUCUCGACUAGUUCGUGCCUGCGGAGCGAACAAAAACCUCUUUUUAAUUCUGAUUCCGACUCCGAAGUCCGGAUAUUUGGUUGCUUUAUCUACAGCACUUGCUGCUUCAUGCCCGGUUGCAUCUGACUCUGCUGGUUCACCUUCUAAACAGCGAGCUGGAGCUCCUACUGUUCCCGCGCCAGCUUCCACUCUAGCUCCCUUCGGCCUCGAAGAUCAUCAGGUUCUAUCUUUUGUAGAUUCUGGUCUGGAAAGUACCCUUGCCCUGCCUGAUGCUGUAGCAGCUUAUACGGAUGCGUUCCAAUGGUUUAGCUGGGGAGCUUCUCUGCUGACGUACCUCCUUCCUCCUGUUCGACGAUUAACUCUUCCAGGCCUUGCUUGCCUCGUGCGAGAAAAGAGGGAAAGUGCUAACAUGCUAACACCGGUAACGGGUGUUGCCGCAUCUGAGACCGGAAAAGCUGCUAUUUGUCCAAUUCUGCCUUCUCUCUUUCCUUUAGAGGAAAAGAUAACUCCUAAAUGCAGCCGGGAUCUUAUAUACGAUACCACCACACCAAUGAUAGAAGGAGCAGAUACGAGUACUCAAGCAGCUAAAGCAGUGUGGUUCCAGCCACCGACCCCGAAAGGCCCAAAGAAGGGGAGCAAGUUUUGGUCAAUCUCUCGGGCAAGGAAGAGAUGCGCCGGGUCUUUCUCUUUGAAUGGCGGGAUGCUAACUCGAUUCGCCCUUGCCUCUACGGGAUCAACUACUACUUAUAUAAAGAAAAAGCACCAAAGAGACAAGGAACCACAGCCCCUUCGGGUAGGGCAUAGGUGGCUACGGCGGAAAAACCCUGGAUCUACAAGACUUACUUCACGCUCUCUAGAAGCUCACUGCAGAGGAAGAGCAGAAGGGAAUACUGAACCACGCCUCGAGUCCCAGUCUCCUAGUGGUGGGAUGGUAAAGGGCAAUGUCCGGUUCUGGCCAAGAGAUGUCUUUGCUCUGUCCCCCUUCUUGUUGGUUGGCACAAGCCCUUGUAGUAGUCAGCCUUUCCUCCCCGACGGUCUACACCAGGGCAUAUUCGAGUGCCCCGCCGCCAGCAUCGCUCUUCUCUUCGAACAGAAGCAACUCUGUAGGGAGGAGAGCCUGCCGAUCGAGCGAAGGGAUCCAUACGGCUUUCAGGGGGAGCUGCUUUUACAGCCUACUGGUAUUUAA